GGUCCGAUGUUAAAGUCGCAAUCAUUUAUCAUUUUAGUUUGCACAUCUGAUUCAUAUCGAACUCAAAUGCAAAAUGACAAGGCAGUGGGUCCUGAGAAGCAGGAAAAAGCACUGAAAAGCACUGGCCUAUAGAUGCCUCUGCUCGCAGCAGCGUGUGGUUAAUACAGUCAGACACUAGGGGGCAGUAAUCACCGGAUGCUGCGUGUAAUUCCAGGCGCUCUUUUACGCUUGUUUGGUAUUGUUCCUCUCAGGAUGCAAAAGUUAACAGAGGAAUAAUAAGCAACGAAACUGGCUCUUAGCAUAGGCUAAUGUAUGUAAAUAUUUUGUAGCGUAGCCGACGCUACGUAAACAUAUCACUCAAACGGGACUUUGUCACGCUACUCGAGGAGGGAAAAGCGCUCUUAUUCAGCAACGCGAAGAAAAGUGCAGAUAGUAUUAGCUAGCAAGCGAACUAGCAACCAGGCGGAUUGUGAUUUGUUCAGAUAAACUUUAAAAACGCUCGCUGUGGUGGACUGCUUCAAGAAACUAUCUGUUGUGUGACACGGCUUUUGUUCUGUUUUUCCAUUUUGUGUUUGUGGACCGUUUAAGCACAGAGCUCGCCCCGCAGACAGCAACGCUGCAGCUCGAGGCCUGCCGUGCCUCUCACUAAAAUGCCGUUUAUUGUCCAGUCCUUCGUUUUUAUCACGAAAGCUCUUUCCGCUGAGGCGUCUGGGAUCUGACAGCGGAAAGCAGACUCUAGUCUGCGCUGUGCAUCUCUUACGCCGGCGCAUUAUCACCGGACCGACCGUCUGGAGGGUCUUCUCGAUAUCCAGCAAAGCUUUGACAUGUUAACAAGUCGACGACUCGAAGCCGCUCAUCUGCUUGCGAGUCAUGUCAAAUUACACUCUUUGUUUGAGGCGUUGGGUGAAGCCUGGUUGAUUGUGUUCUCACAGUUCUCGUGUAUCGGGGGUCUGAGCGAGCCUCGCUGUCAGUAGUCGGAUCAGCCCGCUUCUCUCGUCCCGGCGUUGACUGAUCCCGCCGAGAUGAACCCGGUGAACGCCACCGCGCUGUACGUGUCGGCGUGCCGCUCUCUUCUGCAGUGCGACCCGAAGGACCCGGGGACGUACGGAGGGCUGUUUAACGUCCUGCCUUUCUUCAGAGACUCCCUCUCCUGCUUGGUCUGUGGGAAUUUGCUUCAGGAUCCAGUUGCUCCCAAAAAUUCCUCCUGCCAGCACUAUGUUUGUAAGGGGUGUAAAGGCAAGAAAAUGGUAUUGAAGCCAUCGUGCAGCUGGUGUAAAGACUAUGAGCAAUUUGAGGAGAAUAAACAGCUCCAGAUUCUGAUCGAAUGCUACAGGAAUCUCUGCGAGUGUGUCUUGGUGUGUGUCACAACAGAGCAGUGUGCCUCGGGCGUCAAGGGUUACCCUGAGGUCAUGAAGAUGCUGGAGGAAGUGUUGGGGCUGAGUCAGGAACAAGAAGACCACAGUCCUGUCAAAGACACUUUGGAUGUUCCUAAUCUCAAAACGGAGACAGACCCUUCGCAAAACUCUACCGACGUCAACUUGACUGAUUCGGACAAACCCUCUGAGCAGAUCCAAGCUAAACUAGAGCCCCCUGAGCCUGUCGCUGCCGACGGAUUUCAGAAAUCUGACUCAGAAAGACACAUGGGUACUAACAAGGUGAAGUGCAAAGUUAGUCAAGAGACGAGCGUAGACUCGUUGCAACUCAGUGCAGAGAGCAUGAGCAUCCAGGAGGACCUCAAACCUGACUUUACGAGCAAGGAGUUGAUGUGGGGACAGACUAAAUCGACACCCGAGCAGUGUCAGGACUCAUUACGGUUCCAAACCAGCGGCGCCCUUGCACCGGGACACCCACCCCGACCUCAGACGGGCCUGACGGGCCUCGCCACAGCCCACAGAAAGGUGCGCCUGAGCCUAAAGCGCUCUCGCUCUGAAAGCGACAGCGAGAUGCUCCAACCUCUGCCCAUCACCAGCCUCAUCCAGGGGCCAUCGGUAGCGGCCACAGCUCCACCGAAAGCAGCGUUUGAACCCAAAGCGCCCUCCCCGCCUGCUGUCGUGCUCACUAACGGGGGCGUUUUGAAGGUUAAUAAGGCCGUGCUGGAUUCAACUAAAAACAUCCAGAUAAACACCGACCCGGGUAAUAAGAAAGUUCAGGCCAAGUCUAAAGUGGCAGUCCCGAAAGCGAAGGCCAAGGCGAAGGACAGGCUGCUGUCAGCUAGCGUUUUAGCGGGACAACCAGGACAGCCCCCUAAAGUCGCCUACAAAAAGACGCAAGAGAAAAAAGGAUGCAAGUGCGGACGAGCCACUCAGAAUCCAAGUGUUCUUACCUGCAGGGGUCAAAGAUGCCCCUGCUACUCCAACCGUAAGGCCUGUUUGGACUGCAUCUGCAGGGGCUGCCAGAACUCAUACAUGGCCAACGGGGAGAAGAAGCUGGAGGCUUUCGCCGUGCCCGAAAAAGCCCUGGAGCAAACCAGACUCACUCUCGGAAUCAACCUCACCAGUAUUUCCGUCAGAAACGCUGGCACGAACGCUGCGGGGGUUCUCAGUCUGUCCGCAGGUUCCCCGAUGGCUUCUUUCCUCACGUCCAGCGCAGACGAGGACCAGAGUUUCGAAGACGCUCUCGAGAUGCAUUUCGACUGUUAGCUGUCCUGCUACUGAUCUCUCUCUCUCUCUCUCUCUCUGUCUCUCUCUCUUUCAACCGUGGUUUAUGUCGAACAGAAAUUGUUUGCCAAAACUCUUGUCUGUAGUUUUCAUGUCCGACCUCUACCAUCACACACGCACUGCUGUAAUGGAAAGUUACUGUGAAGCUGAGCGUUAUGGCAUAUUUAGUUUUUACUUUUGAAGGAACCGUUCGCUUUUUGCGCGGCUGUUUUACUCGCAGUGAACUUAGGAUCUGAUCAACGACUGUUGUUUUUUUUUUUUUUUUUUUUUUUUUUCUUGAAACGUUCGAUGACCCAAACCUUAAAAUGAAUUUGUGUGAUAAGUUUCUUGGGUCACACACACAUAGCUCAUCAUAAGCUGUCCCAAAGCGGUGAUUAAUGUGUUUACAUCCUGUGGUGAAAUUUUGUUUUCAAAAUUAUUUUUUAAAUAUAUAUGAAUAUAUUGCUUCUAAACAUUCAUCGGAGGUAAAGUUAUAUACAGCUGUCUGUAAUGCCUGUUAAACGUCAGAUAAAAUAACAACUUACUAACGGUGGAAAAUGUAGCACUUAGUCCCAAUAGUGUUGAUAGGUUUAGACACCUGUCCUGGUUAUUUUUAUUUCAUUUUUUUUUUAAUAGAUGGUUCCUUAUUUUUCUGAAUGGGAAGUAGUGCCGUGUCACUUUUUAAUUCAUAUUCCAGCUUUGAACAAAAGACGUUUCGUAAGAAUGAUGAAGCACAAAUAUGUCACAAAAGCUAUAUUCCUCGGACUUCGAGAGACGCCGAUGCGUUAUAUCCUCACUAUCGUUCAUUGUUCGUUCGGACUGAGCUGAUUGUUUUAUCAUUACAGUAUCUGCAAAGAUUUCUCAAACAAGUGAAUGUAAGUGUGUUCGGUGCGAUGCCUGAGAAUGUAUUCGAGGCAGUGAUGUUUUUAAAGCAAUAUAAGAAUGAAAAUGUUAGAUCUUAUAACCCCCACGCAAAGUCAUCAUAUUUGUUUUGAUGCAAACUGUAAAGGAGUAUUUGGAGAUGUUAUGUUGAGCCCCUUUUAGCACUCGUUCAUGCCUCUUUACUCUGAUCCUGAUUAGUUGUGUUUGUCUUGAGGUUGUGAUGUGAUUACUGUUCUAGGGACCAAAACUAGAAAUACGUGUUGAGAAAGGUCAGUGAACACGUGUUUACUGUUACGCUGCGCCGUUUCUUGUCUUAUGUAAUGAAGCGGGGUAGACAGUGCUUCAUCCGUAUCCUUAAAUAUGCUUGAAAACUCUAUCAGUAGGGCUUUGACCAAAUAUCGAAAAGUUCUUCUAGUUCAGUCUCGGAUCUUAGUGGGAUAUCGUGUUGUAUUUUCAAAUCGUAUAGUUUGGUAGCGUUGUUUUAUUCCUCCCUUUGCUUUUCAAUGGUCAUUACUUGAACUCAGAUUUUAGUUUCUCGAUUAUUUUUUGUUUUUUUGAAUUACUGGAGAACCUCUUAUUAUUGCUGGUUUAUUCACUGCCACAUUGAAAUAAUGAAAAUUGCAGAAAGCGACAAAAAUAAAUUAUAGUUUUUUAUUUCUUGUUUUUCAAAA